CGCACGGCGGCGAGGACUGCUGGGGCGGUUGGGUGCCGCUGGGGGUCCCCGGAGCGGGCCUGGACGCGAGGGUACUUUGGUACAGGAGAGGUUUUACAACGACAGUGGGCGUGCUGAGAGGGAUUGAGGAUAGCGCCUUGCUCUCAGAGCUGCUUGGAAGAUGGUACAGCACUGCCUGUGAGAGCAAACAGAAGGUGUUGAGAAUGGGCCAGGGAAUGCAGAUAGGAGCUACGAAAUAGUGAACUGAACAAGAAGAGUAGCUUGAAUAGGAGACUGUUUUACAGGGUAGGUAGAAAAAUGACUCAAAACACAGCACGGUUAAAAGAAGAUGCGGGAGGAACUGACAGAGUGAAGAAAUGAAUCGAGGGUUGAUAGUGAAGUUUGAAAAUCUGGUCCAGUUACGUGGUGCUUGCCGACAGCUGCUUACUGUUUCCUACAGGAAAGUCAACAGAGCACAAUGGAAGCCUGUGCAGUCAUCUGCGUAUCCUGUACAGUCCGUUCAUCUGUAUCCACAGUUCUGGCAAAAAGACAAAUCAAUCAGUGUCGUCUUAUCUCAAUACAGACAUCUAGCUACAACGGAGGAGAAGAAAAAGAGCAAAAAGAAAUUGCCGCUGACCAAAGGUGAAGUGGAGAUAAAGCAGCAUAUGACUGUUGAGGAACUUGCACAAGCAAUGGGCAAAGACGUAGAUCAUGUGUAUGAAGCCCUGCUGUACACAGAUAUUGAUCUUGGUUCGCUAGAACCAGAUUCCAUUUUAAAUGAGGACUAUAUCAAGCUAAUUGUUAAAAAAUCAGGAAUGAAGUAUAAGUCAGCAAAACUGAAAGAAGAGAAAGAAAGAGAAAAUACAGAUGCUGUAAAACGACCCCCUGCAGACCCAGCAUUAUUAACCCCACGGCCCCCAGUUGUUACUAUAAUGGGCCAUGUUGAUCAUGGGAAAACAACUUUACUUGACAGCCUACGAAAAACUCAAGUGGCAUCAAUGGAAGCAGGAGGCAUUACACAACACAUUGGUGCUUUUCUUGUGCAUCUGCCUUCUGGGGAAAAGAUAACUUUUCUUGAUACUCCUGGACAUGCAGCUUUUUCAGCCAUGCGAGCAAGAGGUACCUCUGUAACUGACAUCGUCAUACUGGUUGUAGCGGCGGAAGAUGGAGUGAUGCAACAAACUGUAGAAUCCAUUCAACAUGCUAAAAAUGCAGGAGUUCCUCUUAUCCUUGCCAUUAACAAAUGUGACAAACCUGAAGCUGAUCCUGAAAGAGUGAAGAAGGAAUUGAUGGGUCACGAUGUGAUCUGUGAAGAGUUUGGAGGGGAUGUUCAAGCUGUAAAUAUUUCAGCACUCAAGGGUGAAAACCUGAUGGUUUUGGCAGAAGCAACUGUUGCUUUAGCAGAGAUGUUAGAACUGAAGGCAGACUACACAGGUCUGGUAGAGGGGACUGUAAUUGAGUCUCGCAAAGACAAAGGGAAAGGUCCAGUUACCACAGCCAUUGUCCAAAGAGGAACCCUGAGGAAAGGCUGUGUUCUGGUUGCAGGGAAGACCUGGGCAAAAGUGCGUUUCAUGUUUGAUGAGAAUGGAAAAGCUGUAGAUGCAGCCUCUCCCGGCAUCCCUGUGGAAAUCAUGGGCUGGAAGGAAGUCCCUUCAGCGGGAGAUGAAAUUCUUGAAGUAGAAUCUGAGCAAAGGGCACAUGAAGUUGUGGCUUGGAGAACCUAUGUUGAACAGCAAGAGAAGGUGAGAAGAGAUGGGGAAGUUAUUGAAGCAAAGCAAAAGGAACAUAGGGUGGAAUAUGAGAAGAAGCAACAGAAGCUAGCCCAUCUGACCUGGAGACAGAGAAAGGCGUUGCUCUACAAGACCAACAAGCAUCUAAUGUUCUCAAAGCCUAAAGAGAGAACAGAAGUGGACAAAAACGUGCUGUCAGUAAUUGUUAAAGGUGAUAUGGAUGGAUCUGUCGAAGCUAUUCUGAACAUUCUAGACAGCUAUGAUGCUGAUGAUGAAUGUAGAUUGGAUAUCAUCCAUUUUGGAAUGGGAGAUAUCAGCGAAACUGACAUAAGUCUUGCUGAAGCAUUCAAUGGUGUUGUUUAUGGAUUCAGCGUGAAAGCCAAUGAAACUAUUAAAAAGCUGGCUGCUAAAAAGGGAAUAAAAAUUAAACUUCACAAUGUCAUCUACAAACUUAUUGAAGACUUGCAAGAUGAGCUAAAUAGCAGACUGCCUCCAUCUGUGGUGGAAAAUACAAUAGGGACAGCUUCUGUUCUUGACGUCUUCUCUGUAACAGUAGGAAAAAACAAAAUUCCAGUAGCUGGGUGCAGAGUACAGAAGGGGCAACUAGACAAAAAGAUGAAAUUUAAGUUAAUCCGUAAAGGGGAUGUUAUUUGGCAAGGAUCUUUAUCAUCGCUGAAGCAUCAUAAAGAUGAUGUCCAGGUAAUAAAAACAGGUAUGGAUUGUGGAUUAAGUUUGGACAAGCAUAUAGAAUUCAAUAUUGGAGAUGAAAUUAUCUGUUAUGAAGAAAAAGAAGUUCAACAGACAACCUCGUGGGAUCCAGGAUUUUAAAAUACAUCGAAUCCCGAGCAAGGACAUGCACUAUUCCUGGCCUUGAACUCUUAGCAUUAAAUGAACUUAUCAAGAA